AUGCCAUCACACGAAGAUCCAGAAAGUAUUGAGAACACUGUUCCAUUCUCUGGGAUGAAGGAUAUAUUCUCUGGCAUUCUAGCUCAUGCAAAGCCAUUGGACUAUUUUGAACUGUUUCUGACUAGAGAUAUUUUAGAGGAAGUAGUUGACCAAACCAAUUUAUACGCUGCUCAACAGUCGCCACAACGGAUGCAACUCCAAGCAGCCGAACCCAUGCACGGGUCCCAGUAA